GAUAGCUGAGGUGCCGCCAUUUUGCGGGAAGAGGAGCAGGUCUGACUGCUGUGCUGCUUUUUUAGCUGAGACCGUAGGAUAUAGCUGAGCUUCGCGCCCCACACACACCUAAAGGAACGGAGAGAACCGGGACCCCCCUGCGGGGACCCGGAACUGAUCUGACACGAUGGCAUCUGAUGACUUUGAUAUAGUGAUUGAGGCCAUGCUGGAAGCUCCCUAUAAAAAAGAGGAGGAUGAGCAGCAAAGGAAAGAGGUUAAAAAGGACAGUCCUAGCAAUACCACCAGCAACACCGGCAACAGUGGCAGUGGUACCAGUGUGAGCACCACCACUGGGGAGACAAGCAAGAAGAAGAGGAGUCGGAGUCAUAGUAGAAGCAGGGAUAGAAAGCGCAGUCGUAGCCGAGAACGGGAUCGGCAUAGACGGAGAAACAGUCGCAGCCGAAGUCGAGAUCGGCAGCGUCAUCACCGCAGCCGCAGCCGGGAUCGGCGACAUAAUAGUGAGUCGAGAAGUCGAGACCGGCGACGUGAAGAUCGUGUGCGCUAUAGGAGUCCUCCACUUCCCACUGGACGUAGGUAUGGACACAGUAAAAGCCCUCAUUUCAAAGAGAAGAGCCCGGUCAGGCAGCCAAUUGAUAAUCUGAGCCCUGAGGAGCGUGAUGCCCGCACAGUUUUCUGUAUGCAAUUAGCUGCCCGUAUCCGGCCUCGAGACCUGGAGGACUUUUUUUCUGCUGUUGGCAAGGUUCGUGAUGUGCGUAUCAUCUCAGAUCGGAACUCACGUCGUUCUAAAGGCAUUGCGUAUGUGGAAUUCUGUGAAAUGCAGUCUGUGCCACUGGCCAUUGGGCUGACUGGGCAACGACUUCUGGGAGUACCUAUCAUUGUACAGGCCUCACAGGCUGAGAAAAACCGAUUGGCAGCCAUGGCCAACAAUCUGCAGAAGGGUACUGGUGGACCAAUGCGCCUCUAUGUGGGCUCCCUGCACUUCAAUAUCACUGAGGACAUGCUCCGGGGCAUCUUUGAGCCUUUUGGCAAGAUUGACAAUAUUAUCCUGAUGAAAGACUCAGAUACAGGCCGUUCUAAAGGUUAUGGUUUUAUUACGUUCUCUGACUCUGAGUGUGCCCGGCGGGCCCUGGAACAGUUGAAUGGUUUUGAACUUGCUGGUCGAUCUAUGAGGGUUGGCCAAGUGACUGAGCGGCUGGAUGGUGGCACAGACAUCAUUUUUCCUGAUGGGGACCAGGAGCUGGAUCUGGGAUCAGCAGGUGGACGUUUGCAGCUUGUGGCCAAACUGGCAGAAGGCUCUGGAAUCCAGCUGCCAACCACAGCUGCUGCUGCUGCUGCUGCUGCCCAAGCUGCUGCCUUACAACUGAAUGGAGCAGUUCCUUUGGGGGCCCUGAACCCAGCAGCUCUGACUGCUCUGAGUCCGGCUUUGAACCUUGCCUCCCAGGCAAUUGCAUCCCAGUGCUUCCAGCUUUCCAGCCUCUUUACCCCCCAAACCAUGUAAAUCAGUGGCACAGCACACUACCUCUCUGUACCCUCUGGGUCCUGCCACUCUCUUCUCCUUCUACUGCCCUGUCUUCCAUUUGUGGACCAAGCCAUCCUGAGGGCAUGGACAUUGAUUCUAGAGGAACUUGGGACCACUCUUAAGACAACAAGAAGAGCUCCUGCCCAUGCCCCACUGGGAAUGGACUCUGCUGAGCAAAGCCCCCAGUUGAAGAGAACAAUCUACACCUGCAUUGAACACUUUUGUCUUUGUGUAUCUUUUCCCAAGACCACCUUCUUUCCCUUUCCCAUCACCUCUUAGUGAUUCUUCCUCCAUUGGGAAGGCCAUAGCGCAUUAACUAUAGGACCUAACCUCUCUUCCUAUAUUUUUACCCUGUAAACUAUCACAGGAUCUCUGAAUAUAGAGGACAUUGAGUUACGGGGUGCACUUUGAAGGUGCUGGACUUUUGCUUUAAGGACCCUGGCAGAUAGCAUGGAUAUGGGCAUGUACAUUAUGACACCUGGCUCAGGCCUCAGCUUAAUUAUAGCUUGAAGCCAGAACUACUACUGUAGGCUCAGCAUCUUAUUGGGAGGCACAGUAGUGAUCUAUUCUGCCAGGCAAUUGGGAUUGAAGCCUCAGGGGCUUUCAGGAGUUUAAGUAAAAGGUGGGAUACCUUUCCAUCUUCCUUUGUACACUUGUCCUUCUCAAGUCCUCCCUUUGGCCUAGGGUGUGAGGAUGGAGGGGAGGCUGCUAUUUUCCACCACUUCCUAUGUGCCUCAACUGAUGUUUCAACCCUGGUGGUUAAAGCCACUCCCAUCCCCUACCUGAGUAUGGGUGAGCCCUUCUCACUUGAUUUUAUAUCCUUGUGUCUAUGUACAUAUAAAAGAAAAGAUUAUAUAUAUAUAUAUACAUAUAAACUUUAUAUAAAAGCCAAUCUCCCUGUUGUGGCUGCUGCUG